AUGUUUAUAUGUAUAUACAGAUACACUUACUGUCAACAUUUUUAUAGAAAGAGCGGCGAACCCGGAUCGAUUCUGGAAUGGACGCCGGUGUCUGCCCAGAUCGGGCAGAACGAAACACAAUACUACAAAUUUGCGGUGGAUACGCAAUCGUAUGGUGCGUCGAGCCAGUUCGAGAUCUUGAUUUUCUUGGCAGGGGUCAUCUGUUACGAACCGUCCAACGUUGGCGACUACGACUUGCACAACAGUCUUGAAUUGUUCUAUUCAUUCAACGCCAGUGACAUGGCCAAUCUCACACAGGCCUCACGCCUUACGUUUUCCCAGGGCUACUCUCAGGGGCUCGCAGAAACCCUCAUUGACGACGCCCACUCCGAGUUGUAUAUCGCCGUCACUUCCCCUGUGAGUGCCGAAAUCAAGGACAACUGGAGCUAUCAGAUCGCCAUCUCGCAGAACGAUUUGGUGUUCCAAUGGGACGACCGGCUGUAUGCGAGUCUCGUGGAUGCGGAUUUCGAGUCGGCGCUCUUUGUCACGGGAAACAUCUCCGCCUCCACGACCAACGCCACACUUAUUCAGGUACAAUCUGGCGGCGAGUUCAAUCUCUUUAUCUACGACUAUUCGUAUAUCAACUAUUUCUCUCACCUCAACAAUAGCUGGUGUGCUGUCAGAAACGGCCCCGUGUUGAUUGACACCGUUAACAUGACCUCCAAUUACACCAACCGCGGCGGUGGCAUCCAGCAGCAGUUCUAUAUAGACGGCCUCAACGCCUCUACCAACUACGUGGCGUACUUGACACAGGAUUUCGAAGGAAGUGGAGACAACGGAGGAUCUAUUUUCACCAAGUUUGAGUUCCAGACCCAGAGUCUGCGGGCCUGUCGAUUGAUCUACGAUUUGGAGUUUUGCAACAACGUUGCCUACUCAGUGCCCAUAUCCUCUCAGUACGACAUUGACGGCAGUGAGUUGAACUUGAAGAUUCUCUAUGACUCAAAUCCCCUUGCGCUCUACCAGAAUUUCACGUUUGCGCUUCAGCAGACCGCCUGUGACACCGAAGCCGACGCCCUGUACUCGACCGUGCGAACGUGCGACGAUUGUGCUACCGCUUAUAAAAACUGGCUAUGUGCGGUGACGAUUCCCCGUUGCAGCACCUACAACUAUACGGGCUUCCAGUACCGCGAUGUGGGUGAGUCGCGAAACCCGUUUGUGAACACGGUGGUGCAGCCGAAGGAGCCGUACUACGAAGUGCUUCCGUGCAUCAACUUGUGUAACAACAUUGUGCAAGACUGUCCUGUGAAUGACUUUGCGUUCGUGUGCCCCAAGGAUAAUGCCACAAUAGCGCAAAGCUAUUACUGGUACGACGAUACAUACAACGGAACGUCAUGCAACUUUGUGGGUUCGCUGCCUAACCAGGAUAUCGCCAAUGCCCAGGCAUCGUUCUUCCCGAACUACCCCCAGGACCAGUACGGAAGAAGCUAGUUGUAAUAAUGGAUUGUCAAUGGAUGGGUCAAACUAUCUUGUUUUUAAUGUAGCAAUACCUGGUAUGGCAGUGGAUCUGUUUGUGACCACGAAAUGAAUAAUCAUGCUGCCUUGAGAGGUGACCUCAGCAGGCUUUGCUGAUACUUGAACGUCAUCGCCAUAUUAUCGUGGGUUUGUCUGUAAGGCAAAGUCAUAACGGUAGUGGAUUGUCUUUUCCCACUUUUUCUUUACCAAAGUGAUAAAGAUCUUACACUUCGGGGCUUAAGGGCUCCCCUGCACUCUACAAA